AUGAGGCAGAAACGACUCGACGCCAAUGCUGUGUCUGAUUGGUCUCCCAUGCAUGAAGUUGCCAUCCACGGGCGCCUGCUGUCUCUGAGGAACCUCAUCAGCCAGGGCUGGCCUGUGAACCUCCUCACGGCAGAUCACGUGUCCCCACUGCACGAAGCCUGCCUCGGAGGCCAUCCCUCAUGUGCCAAUAUCUUAUUAAAGCACGGAGCUCAGGUGAAUGGCCAUACUACAGACUGGCACACUCCCUUGUUUAAUGCUUGUGUCAGUGGCAGCCAGGACUGCGUGAAUUUGCUUCUGCAGCAUGGAGCCAGCCCCAACUCUGCAAAUGACCUGGCAUCCCCCAUCCACGAAGCUGCUAAAAGAGGCCAUGUGGGGUGUGUGGAGUCUCUUGUAGCUCAUGGAAGCAACAUUGACCGUAACAUCAGACACCUGGGCACUCCACUGUAUUUGGCUUGUGAAAACCAGCAGAUAGCCUGUGCCAAGAAGCUUUUGGAAUCAGGAGCAAACGUGAACCAUGGCAAAGGUCUGGAUUCCCCUCUUCAUGCCGUGGCUAGGACGUGCAGCUGGGAGCUGGCCUGCUUGCUCUUGGACUUUGGAGCUGACACCCAGGUGAAGAAUGCUGAUGGCAAGCGUCCUGUGGAGGUGGCAGCACCAGACAGUGCUCUGAUCAAGCUCCUCUUGCGGAGAGAAGGGCCUCCUUCUCUAAUGCAGUUGUGCCGCCUCAGGAUUCGGAAAUGCUUUGGAAUCAAGCAGCAUUAUAAGAUCACUGGACUUUCCUUACCAGAGGAGCUGAAACAGUUUCUCCUUCACAUUUAA